CAACGAUAUAUAUGAAAAGCCAUAUCCUAAGCUUAUCUUAAUUAAAAAUUAUAUUUGAAAUUCUCCUAACUCAAUUGUCAAUUAUCUGACUUCACCAGAAAUCAUUUAAAACACACAUAGACAUUACCCUAUAAAUACUUGCGGUAUUGGUUGUGUCAAAUCACCCAAAAACAAACUCAUCUGAUCAUCUACAAAUCAAAGAAUCGAAACAAUCAAGUGCUAAUAAGCAAUAUAUAAUGAAUCUCAAUAGUGCGAUUUACAUGGUCUUUCCCAUUAUCCUUUUCAUUUUCGGUAUCUUAUUACCAUUUACAACCGAUGCAGCCGGUGGCCGGUGGAAAUUCUUGACACCAAGCAUUGGCAUUUCGGCCAUGCACAUGCAGCUUCUCAACAACGACCGUGUCAUCAUGUUUGACCGAACUGACUUCGGCACCUCUAACAUAUCAUUGGCACCUGGGAAAUGCCCUGCUGGGGCCAAAGACUGCAGCGCACAUUCAGUUGAGUACAACGUCAUGACCAACAAAUUCAGACCACUCACUGUACAAACCAACGUGUGGUGCUCUUCUGGCUCGGUUAUGCCUGAUGGAACGCUAGUCCAAACCGGUGGAUCAUUUGAAGGAGAAAGAAGAGUUAGACUUUUCAAGCCUUGUGGUGGUAGUGCUGAUUGUGAUUGGCAAGAGGUUAACCUUGGAUUGGCUAAGAGUCGUUGGUACUCAACCAAUCAAGUAUUGCCAGAUGGCAGGCAAAUAAUCAUAGGUGGUCGUAAACAAUUCAACUACGAGUUCUAUCCAAAAACGACUGACCCGAAUGUCCACGAUUUACAAUUCUUAGCUGACACUAACGAUAAGGGAGUAGAGAACAAUCUAUAUCCCUUUGUUUUUGUCAACGUUGAUGGGAACUUAUUCGUGUUUGCUAACAACAGAGCUAUAUUGUUGGAUUAUGUGAAUAACAAGGUGGUGAAAACGUACCCACAAAUACCAGGUGGGGACCCGAGAUCCUACCCGAGCACUGGGUCAGCUGUUCUUUUACCGUUGAAUAAUAUUGAGGCUGUGAAUGUUGAAGCUGAAGUUUUGGUCUGUGGUGGAGCACCUAAAGGAUCUUAUACCGAAGCAGCAAAAGGGAAGUUUAUUACAGCAUUGAAUACAUGUGCUCGGAUCAAAAUUACCGACCCGAAUCCUAUCUGGGUCAUGGAGACUAUGCCAUUAGCAAGGUGUAUGGGAGACAUGAUAUUGCUUCCAAACGGCAACGUUUUGAUUGUAAACGGAGCUGGAGCUGGAACAGCUUCUUGGGAGUUCGGUAGAAACCCGGUUUUAAACCCGGUUCUUUACCGAACCGAUAAUAAGAUCGGGUCAAGAUUCGAAACUCAAAGACCAACCACAAUUCCAAGAAUGUACCAUUCCACAGCCGUUCUCCUCCGCGACGGCCGCGUUCUCAUCGGUGGAAGCAAUCCCCAUGACAAGUACGAGUUCUCCGGUGUUCUUUUCCCGACAGAACUAAGCUUAGAGGCUUUCACUCCAUCUUAUUUGGAGAGACCAGUUCUUAGACCCGUAAUAGUUAUACCAGCACCUCAAACCAAACUCAGUUAUGGACAGAAGUUUACAAUUCAGUUCCGGCUGAGGGGUAUUGUUAACCUUAAAUCGAUUUCAACGACAAUGGUUUCUCCGUCGUUUAAUACUCACUCAUUCUCGAUGAAUCAGAGAUUGUUGGUACUUACUCCCACAGCACAAGUGCAGAGUUUAGGAGGAACGGUGUACCAAGUGGAGGUUACUACACCAUCUUCGGCUAAUCUUGCUCCUUCAGGGUUUUAUCUCUUGUUUGUGGUUAAUGGAGAAUUUCCCAGCCAAGGUAUUUGGGUCCACAUCGGCUAAUUAAUUAAUUAGUACGACCAAGGUCUCUGCUAUAUUUCUUUUCUUACGUUUUGUGUGUUAUAAGUUAAAAAAAAGUUUAAUGUUGGAUGAAGUAUUAAUUAAUUUGUUGAUUAGUAGUAAUAUAAUAUUCGACAAAAUUAAGCUGUAUAUGUAGUCGAAUAUAUAGUGUAAUGAUUUUUAUAUUUAAUCGAAUAAAAUUGUCAAGACAUUUUCUGUCCUUAA